UGUUCCCGUCGCUGCACGCGCUGCAGCGCGAGUUCCCGCGCUACGCCGCCGCCGACUUCCAGCGGCGCGUCAAGGCCCUGUGCCUGUGGCUGAACGUGACGCGCGACCUCAACCACAAGCUGGGCCUCAUGGGCACCAUCCUGGCCAUCCGCGACGUCCCCGGCAUGGAGUGGCCCGUCUUCGAGGUCACGUCGCCCCACUGGGCGUCCGGAGGAGGAGGAGGAGGAGGAGGAGGGGGGGCCGCCCGUCACGCCGCGUCCGACGACGGCGGGGCCUCGUCCGGCUCGGAGACCGACGAUGAGGAAGAGGAGGAGAUGGUGGUGGUGGUGGAAGAGGCGGAGGUGGACGGCGUUGUGGCGACUCGGGGAGGAGCAGCAGCAGCAGCAGCACCCCGCUGCACCGCCGCCGCCAUCGCCGCGGGCACCAGGCCACACGUCCGUUUCCAGGAGUCGUUCUUCCGGGGCGGUCGAGCCGACAGCGAGGGAGAGGAGUCGCCCGGAACCCCGGACACGGAGGGGUCGUCCGAGGGGUCGCGGCCGCCCCCCGCGGCGCGUCACACGGCCAUCUACCGGCCCUUUGUGGACAAGGCGCUCAAGCAGAUGGGGCUGCGCAAGCUGAUCAUGCGGCUCCACCGGCUGCUGGACGGCUCGCUCCGUCGCGCCAGGGACGCUCUCAUGCCGGAGGUGCACGGCGAGCAGGACAGCGAGCUGGCGCUGGGCGGCAGCCCCCAGGACUACCUCCCCGAGCUGCUGGAGCGGCUCACCCUGCAGGAGUGCGCCGCUGCCCCUCCGGGCGAGGGGGGGGAGGGGGAGGAGGGAGAGGAGGGGGAUGGGGGAGGGGAGGCCGGGCGCCAGCUGCUGGCCGAGCUGGAGCGCAUGGGCCUGCCGUCGUUCCGGCCCGCGUACCUCGUGCUGUGCCGCAUCCUGCUCAACGUCAUCCACGAGUGCCUCAAGCUGCGGCUCGAACAGAGGCCCGCGGGCGAGCCCUCGCUGCUCAGCGUCAAGCAGCUCGUGCGAGAGUGCAAGGAGGUGAUCAAGGGCGGCCUCAUCGUGAAGCAGUACUACCAGCUGAUGACGCACUCGGUGCUCGAGGGGGAGCAGCCGGAGCCCGAGCAGGACAUCGACGAGUUCGAGGACGACCUACAGAAGAUGCUCACCGUGUACUACGAGUACAUCCAGAGCUGGAUCAGCAUGCUGCAGCACCUGCCCCAGGCCUCGUAUGGCCUCAAGAACCUGCUGGAGGAGGAGUGGGGCUUCAGCAAGCAGGUGGUGCCGCUCGUGCGCGGGGGAGAGGCGCAGGCCGGCACCCUCUUCUGUGACAUCGCUCGCGAGCUGCUGCACUCCACCGGCGACUUCCUGCGCCACGGCGCGCGCCGACUGUGCUCCGAGCUGCACGUGAGCCCCAACGACAGCGUGCAGUCCGACGGCAUCCGGCGCUCCGUGAUCGAGACGUGCCGAGCCGUGAAGGAGCUCUUCCACGAGGCUCGCGAGCGCGCCUCCAAGGCGCUCGGCUUCGCCAAGAUGCUCAAGAAGGAUCUGGGCCUGGCUGCCGAGUUUGUUUUAUCGUCGUCGGUGGAUGAGCUGCUCCAUCUCCUGGCCACGAGCGGUCACGUCAAGGUGCUGCUGGAGGACCUGGAGCCCGUGCAGGUGUUCGUGCCGGCGCCGCUAGGCGAGCACCGGCCGCUCGUGCUGCAGCUGCUCAGCGCCGCCUGCGGCCGCGACUGCUCGGGCCUGGAGGCCCCCGCGGCCGCCGGCGGCUACCUGCUGCUGCUGCGGCCGCGGGGCGGCGGGGCGGGCGGCGACGCCGCUCCCGCCGGCGGCCGGCACCACCGGCACCACGAGCAGCAGCAGGAGCAGCAGCAGGAGCAGCAGCAGGAGCAGCAGGAGCAGCAGGAGAAGGAGCAGCAGCAGGAGCGGCACCGUGGAGACCAGCAGCAGCAGCCCGGACAGCAGCGGCGGCAGCAGCCCGGACAUGGAAAUGGCAGCGGCGGAGUGGAGGAGCCCGGCACAAGCGGAGAGGACUUUCUGGCCGCGUACGAUGAGAGCGACGAGGGCGAGGAUGGCGGCGGCGGUGGCGACGGCGGUGACGGCGGUGACGGCGGCGACGGCGGCGGCGGCGGUGACGGUUGCGAGGAGGAACGAGGAGACCGGGGUGAAGAGGCGAGACGCCUCGAGGAGGAGAGGAGACAGCGGAAAGAAGAAGGCGAGCGGACGGAAGAGGGGAUGAGACUCGGCGAAGAAGCGAGGACGAGGAGGAGGGAAGAGGGGAGCGCCGGGGCUGAAGAGGGGAGCGCCGGGGCUGAAGAGGGGAGCGCCGAGCCGAGCGGCGUCGUGGAGGAGCCGAGCGGCGUGGGACCCCGGGGCGGCGAGGCCGGGGGGGGCGGGGGAAGCGUCCGAGCGGAGUGGUGCGGCCGGACGAUGAGGGUCAGCCUCACCACGGAGACGAUCAACACGCUGCAGGACGUGCAGGUGUGCAGCCUGCUGCUGGUGGCGCUGCACUCGGGCGUCCUGCAGGAGCAGCGCAAGGCGUUCCAGCGCGUCGCCUGCUACGCCGUGCGGCUGCACAGCGAGCAGACGUCAACGCGGCCCGCCAUCGCGCACGCCCUGGAGGCGCUCAAGGUGGAGGCCCUGGGCCUGUGCGACACGAUCAGCGGCUCCAUCGAGGAGGUGAACGCACGCUUCGUGCAGGAGGCCGAGGGCGACAUGGAGGAGGUGGAGCGCUACAGCAUGCAGCAGUACUACAAGGAGACCAUGAUACAGGCGUUCAACUUCGGAUUUGAGUACCACAAGGAGGUGGUGCGACUCAUGUCGGGCGAGUCACGGCAACGCGUGGGCGACCACUUCAUCAGCUUCGCCCGCAAGUGGAUGGAGUACGUGCUGAGCAAGUGUGAGAGCGGACGAGGCACCCGGCCCAGGUGGGCGACGCAGGGAUUUGAGUUCAUCACGGCCAUCGAGCCGGCCUUCAUCUCCGCUCUGCCCGAGGAGGACUUUGUGAGUCUGCAGACGCUCAUCAACAGCUGCAUCCUGCACGUGAUCGGGAAACCGCACAGCCCCGGCGUCGCGAUCCACAGGAACAGCCCACGCCCCAUCAGCGUGCCGCGCUGUCACAGCGACCCGCCCGUGUUCAGCGUCUCCGUGCCCAUCUCUUCCAGCCAGGACCCUAUCAGGGUGCUGAGCCUGUCGGAGGGCGACCGCCUCUCCUCCCUCACCUGCGAGCCCUUCAAGUCGCUGAGCCGCCAUUCCAGCCCCACGGAGGAGCGCGAAGAGCCGAGUUUCCCGCGGGGGGAGCCGCUCGUCGUGGCCACGUCCACCCCCGUGCGCCGCAGCUGGGAGCUGACGGGCUUCGUCAACGAGGCCAAAGAGGAGAGCUCGCGCUGCGGGCGCAUGGAGCGCGUGCGCAAGGCGAUGGCGCGCUUCGAGCAGAAGCUGGACGCGCAGAGCCAGCGGCGCCGCGUGGUGGGCCGCGUGUGCAGCACGCCGCACGCCAUCAACAACCUCAUGCACGUGGGCCUCCGCAAGGUCACCUUCAAGUGGCAGAGGGGGAACAAGAUCGGUGAAGGGCAGUACGGAAAGGUGUACACGUGCGUCAACGUGGACACGGGAGAACUCAUGGCCAUGAAGGAGAUUCGGUUCCAGCCCAACGACCACAAGACCAUCAAGGAGACGGCGGACGAGAUCAAGAUCUUCGAAGGCAUCAACCACUCCAACCUGGUCCGCUACUACGGCGUGGAGCUCCACCGGGAGGAGAUGUACAUCUUCAUGGAGUACUGCGACGAGGGCACGCUGGAGGAGGUGUCCCGCCUGGGCCUUCAGGAGCCCGUCAUCCGCCACUACACCAAGCAGAUCUGCACGGCCAUCACGGAGCUGCACGAGCGCGGCAUCGUGCACCGCGACAUCAAGGGAGCGAACAUCUUCCUGACGUCGACGGGGCACAUCAAGCUGGGAGACUUUGGGUGCUCGGUGAAGCUGAAGAACAUCUCACAGACGAUGCCCGGGGAGGUGAACAGCACGCUCGGCACAGCCGCGUACAUGGCCCCGGAAGUGAUCACGCGGGCACGGGGCGAAGGUCACGGCCGAGCGGCCGACAUCUGGAGCCUGGGCUGCGUCCUCAUCGAGAUGGCGACGGGGAAGCGGCCUUGGCACGAGUACGAGCACAACUUCCAGAUCAUGUACCGCGUGGGCAUGGGCCACAAGCCGCCGCUGCCCGAGCGGCUGAGCCCCGAGGGGCGUGACUUCCUGGCUCUCUGCCUCGAGAGCGACCCCAGCGACCGCUGCACGGCCAGCCAGCUGCUGGACCACGCCUUUGUCAAGGUCUGCUUGGAUCAGGAUGAAAUCUGAGCGGAUCGGUCAACGCCAACCGUGGCCUUAACCCCGCGUGACCUCCGGCGACCUGCGGCGACCUCCGGCACGCGGCGCCACCGCCGGACAGCUCGUCCCUCCCCCCUCCCCC